UUCUUCAUAUUUGAGCGCCUGAUGCGUCACAUUACGUCAUCAUUAGUGGAUUCACGAGUGACUUCAGACCAUAUGUCUUCAGGUGACGCAUUUAAAGUGUCUUCUCUUAGGGGAAAAGUGGCCCUGAUAACCGGUGCCAGCUCGGGCAUCGGGGCAGGUACCAGCGUCCUGUUCGCCAAACUCGGAGCUCUGCUGGCUCUCCACGGACGCGAUGUGGACAACCUGAACAAAACAGCCCAACAGUGCACCAACUGUGGCGCUUCUCAGCCCUUGCUCAUUCCCGGAGACCUGACUGAUGAGGAGACAGUGAAGAAGACAGUGGAGCAAACCAUCGCUCACUACGGCCGGCUGGAUGUUCUGGUCAACAGUGCUGGUAUCCUGGCCAUGGGCAGCAUCGAGACAGCAGACCUGGCUCAGUACGAUAAGGUCAUGAACAUUAAUGUCAGAUCCGUAUACCACCUGACUCAGCUUUGUGUGCCCCACCUGAUCAAGACCAAAGGCUCCAUUGUCAAUGUAUCCAGUAUCAAUGGACAGAGAUCGUUCAGUGGUGUGUUGGUCUAUUGCAUGUCCAAGUCUGCAAUUGACCAGUUCACCCGCUGUGUAGCACUUGAGCUGGCACCAAAGCAAGUCCGAGUGAACUCUGUCUGCCCUGGUGUGAUCGUCACAGAUAUCCACAAGAGAGCAGGACUGGAUGAGGAGCAGUAUGCUCAGUUUCUUGCCAAAUGCAAGCAGACCCAUGCCCUGGGCCGACCUGGUCAGGUGGAGGAAGUGGCCCACAGCAUCGCCUUCCUGGCAUCGGACGCUGCCAGCUUCAUUACUGGAGUCAACCUACCUAUUGAUGGAGGGCGCCACGCCAUGUGCCCAAGAUAAGAACAUGUACCAUAUUAUUAACAUAAAGCAGUCUGCUAAUAUAGUGCCAAUAUAGUCCAAACCUGCCUUUUUUUUCCAACUUGAAUAAGGCUGCACUUGACAGAAACCCCCUGCUAUCCCAGAAAUUGAGCAAAGGGAAAAGCUGCAAAAAAAAAAAAAAGUACUUCAAGGAGACAACUUUCUCUAUGCUUACAAUGGUGGUAGGUCAGGGGCCUAUUUCAAGAAGGCGGUUUUGUCGAAACUCAGAGUUUGUUAACCCCGAAAUGAGG